CGGACCUGCCGCUCGCGUGCGGUGUGUGUGUAUAUGUGCGCAGGACGCACCUGACAUGACCCCCUUCGCGGUGCGUCCGGUCUGAUAGAGGGGGGCAACUACUCCCAGAGCCAUGAGGUGACCGGAUUAUCUGCCCCUGCCGCGAAUAAUCCUCCCCACCGGCGUGGCAUGGUUUCCUAGAGCAGGGAUUGGCUCCCCUGCCUAAUCCCCCUUUCCCUGUCAGGGGGCAGGAGACCCCAGGGGGCAUCAGUGCGAGUGCAGACUGCAACAUGAGGGGCAGGAGCUGCUGAGGAUCCCACCCCAGCAUAUAGAGAAGUCCGGUUCGGGGGAUGCUGCGGAUCCAUAGGUGCUUAACCUGGUGAUCUAUAGGGGGCUGCUGGAUGCCCUGCCUGGUGCUGGCAGACUGGAGUGAGCCUGGAUCCUGCCCUCAUCAAACUGCCAUCCUGGGGGGCUAUUGUGUGAUAUUACCCUCAUCAAACUGCCAUCCUGGAGGGGCUAUUGUGUGAUAUUACCCUCAUCAAACUGCCAUCCUGGAGGGGCUAUUGUGUGAUAUUACCCUCAUCAAACUGCCAUCCUGGGGGGCUAUUGUGUGAUAUUACCCUAAUCAAACUGCCAUCCUGGAGGGGCUAUUGUGUGAUAUUACCCUCAUCAAACUGCCAUCCUGGAGGGCUAUUGUGUGAUAUUGCCCAAUUCUGGAGGGGGCAAAGCCUUAGACUCCGGCUGCCGCGCUCCGCGAUGAUCUCCUGUCCUCUCAGGCACUGAUUUUGUGAAACUUUGGGCAGUUUUAUACCCAGCUGGCAUUAUUUUUAUAGCUUUUUUCUUGUUGCGGUCGGAUGUAAUUCUCUGCUCCUUGGCAUACGUUCCGAUACGCUGGACGGCAGACUCUUCGUGGACGGAGGUGCCCCUGUGUAUAUGCACGGCUGCUGAUAAUAAAACCCAUCUGCCCCGCGCCCGGCGGGUAAAUACCUCCACAUACAGCCGCUGCCACUCUGAAGAAUCUUUUUUUUAUAUUUUUUUAAGAAUGCCAGUGAAGAAGAAAGAUACUGAGCGAGCUCUGAAAUUAUUGGAGGAAUAUUGCAGCAAGUUACAGAAACCAGAGGAGCAGCAGCUCAGACAGGCCAUCGAGAAGGUCAUACGUAUGUUUAAAAGUAACUUGUUCAAAGCAUUGAUAGAUAUACAGGAAUUUUAUGAAGUUACGUUACUGAGUGCGCACAUAAACGAAGAAGAGAAAUUAGCUGAACUGAAUCAUGUAGCAGAGUUAUACGAGAAAAGCAAUUCUUCGUCUACUGGCCGUGAGAGCUUACAACGAGCCUCAGAGCUUGAUGGCUUGAAUGGCUCAAACGGAUACACAACCAGUGAAGAUCUGAACACUGAGAAUCGUGUUCCAGGCAUUAUUUCUUCAGCCAAAAAGGUAAACUAA